AUGGCGGCAACCUAUGAGAACCUGACCACCAUCGAGGAGCUUGUAAAGAGCGGGGUGGACGUGAACGGCUGUACGCACUUCAUCAACAAGACGCCAUUGCAAUGCGCCGCUGAGGCAGGGAGAGUCCUUUCCACCCUCAAGCUGGUCUCGCUAGGAGCUGAUGUGAACCUGCCGGACGAGGAGGGCUUCACGGCGUUGCAUUUCGCGUGCUUCAUGCGUCGCGACGAGGUGGUCAAGACGCUCCUGGAGCUGGAAGCUGAUCCCAACGCCGCAGGAGCCUCUGGUCAUCGUCCAAUACACUUUGCUGCUAUGUCUGGGAGCGUCGACAUGGUCAAAAGACUCCAGGAGGCAGGGGCAGACGUGCAUGCCAUUGCCGACAGCGGGAUGUAUAUGAAUGCUUCGGCUCUGUCAUGGGCACGCUUGAACAAGCAGGAGGAAGUCGUUGAAUACUUGGAGAGCCUGGGA